AUGGAGCCAGACAGGACUCAGAUAAAACUUGACCCCAGGUACACGGCAGAUCUUCUGGAGGUGCUGAAAACUAAUUUCAGCAUCCCCUCUGCCUGCUUCUCUCUCGCUCCCACUGCUGCCCAACUUCUGAGAGCCUUGGGCCCUGCAGAAAUUGCCCUCACAGUCAUUAUGACUCUGCUUGCCCUGGGCUCGGUCACCAUCUUCGUGGAGGAUGCUGUCUACCUGUACAAGAACACCCGUUGCCCCAUCAAGAGGAGGACUUUGCUCUGGAGCAGCUCUGCACCCACGGUCGUGUCUGUGUUCUGCUGUUUUGGUCUCUGGAUCCCUCGUUCCCUCAUGCUUGUAGAAAUGGCCAUAACUUCGUUUUACUCAGUAUGCUUUUAUCUGCUGAUGCUGGUCAUGGUGGAAGGCUUUGGUGGGAAGGAGGCAGUAAUAAGGACACUGAAGGACACUCCGAUGAUGGUCCACACUGGCCCCUGCUGCUGCUGCUGCCCCUGCUGCCCCCCACUCAUGCUCACCAGGAAGAAGCUUCAGCUGCUGAUGUUGGGCCCAUUCCAGUAUGCCUUCUUCAAGAUAACACUGAGCCUGGCGGGCCUGUUUCUCAUCCCUGAUGGCAUCUAUGACCCAGCAGAUAUUUCUGAGGAGAGCAUAGCUCUGUGGAUCAACACUCUCCUCGGUGUGUCCACCCUGCUGGCCCUCUGGUCCCUGGCCAUCCUUUUCCGUCAAGCCAAGCUGCACUUGGGCGAGCAGAAUAUAGGAGGCAAAUUUGUUCUGUUCCAGGUGCUCCUCAUCCUGACCGCCCUGCAGCCAUCCAUCUUCUCAGUCUUGGCCAACAGUGGGCAGAUUGCUUGUUCACCUCCCUUUUCCUCUAAAGUCAGGUCUCAAGUGAUGAAUUGCCACCUUCUCAUACUGGAGACUUUUGUAAUGACUGUGCUGACACGCAUGUACUACCGAAGGAAAGAUAACAAGGUUGGAUAUGAGCCUUUCCCUUCCCCAGACCUGGAUUUGACUUCAAAGCCUGAGGUGGACGGUUUGGACAGUGAGCCUGUACAUAUUAAACGGGCACAAGAUUUCCUCACUAUCCCUCAACCUUGA